GCAGCGCCGGGGCGGGCCGGGCCGCGCCGCUGCGCGCAGCCCCGGGGCCGCUGCGGGCAGGCGGGCUGCGCCCAGCCCGGUGCCGGUGCCCCCAGCCCGGGACCGGAGCGCCGAGCCCGGCGCGCCCAGGCCGGUACCGGAGCGCUCGGGACCGGCGCGCCCAGCGCGGUGCCGCAGAGCGGGAGCGCCGAGCGCGGGACCGGAGCGCCGAGCCCGGUGCCGGGGGGCGCCCAGCCGCGGGGAGCCCGGCCAUGGCCCGGCGCCGCCGAGAGUGGUGCUCUGGGACACAGCGGAGAUGGGAACACUCUGAAUGGCCCAUUUUCUUCCCUUGAGAGCUUAGUAAUGUCAGCUCCAUAGACAGAUAGUAGACAACUGCCAGUCUCUGAGCUACAGGGCUUCCUGCAAAGACGUCUAUCUUCCUGCUCCUUUGCACAAAGCGCUAGAGGAAAACAGCAUCAUGUACACCUUCCUGCCCGAAAACUUCACCCCGGUGAAGCAGAAACCCUCCAAGGAGCUGAAGCCCAUGCUCGGGGCCAUCGUGCUCGGCCUCAUCCUCUUCAUUGCUGCCGUGGUGGCCUGGUGCUACUACAUGGCGUCCCUGCGGAAGGCGGAGCGGCUGAAGACGGAGCUGAUGGACCUGCGGCCAGACGGGUUUGUCAUCAAGAACCAGAACGGGGAGGUGGUUUUCCGUCUGGCCUUCCAGUCGGGGAGCCUCGACCUGGAGUCGUGCUCGAAGGAGGGGGAGAUUUUGAGCUGCACGCGGUCGGACAGGGGGCCGCUGAACUUCUUCAUCCAGACGGUGAAGCCCAAGGACACGGUGAUGUGCUACCGCGUGCGCUGGGAGGAGUUUGCGGCCGGCGUGACGGUGGAGCACACCAUGUUCUGGGAGGACGCCCACUGGUACGGGGGCUCGGAGAUGAGCACCCAGCACUGGCCCAUCCGCCUUGCGGGCUACCAGGAGCCCGUGCCCUACGUGACGAGCGACGUCUACUCCUUCCGGGACAGCUUUGGGGGCAUCCUGGAGCGCUACUGGCUCUCGUCCAAAGCGGCGGCCAUCAAGAUCAACGACUCUGUGCCCUUCCACCUGGGCUUCAACGCCACGGAGCGCACCCUCUUCUUCCAGGCCCGCUACAAGGAUUCGCCCUACAAGCCCCCGCCGGGGCAGCAGCCCUUCCCCGAGCUGAGCUACCGGGUGUGCGUGGGCUCAGACGUCACCUCCAUCCACAAGUACAUGGUGCGCCGGUACUUCAACAAGCCCUCCAAGAUCCCCUCCGAAAAUGCCUUCCGCUACCCCAUCUGGUCCACCUGGGCCCUGUACAAAAACGAUAUCGACCAAGAUAAACUCUUGAGAUUUGCAGAAAAGAUUAAGAAGUACCGUUUUAACUGCAGUCACAUUGAAAUUGAUGACACAUACACACAAGCGUAUGGGGACUUUGACUUUGACCCUGUCAAGUUCCCCAACGUGACAGAGAUGUUCACAAAACUGAGGGAGGAUGGGUUUAAGGUGACCCUGUGGACUCAUCCCUUUAUAAACUACAAUUCUUCGAAUUUUGGGGUGGGGAUUGAGCGCCAGCUGUUCAUCAAGGAGCCAUCGGGGCGGCUGCCAGCCAUGGUGGAGUGGUGGAACGGCAUUGGGGCCAUCCUGGACUUCACCAACCCGGCGGCCCGGGACUGGUUCCAGAGCCACCUGCGACAGCUCCGCCACAAGUACGGCAUCUCAUCCUUCAAGUUCGAUGCCGGUGAGACCAGCUACCUGCCCAAGCAGUUCAGCACCUUCCGGCCACUGUCGGACCCCAGCAUCUGGUCCAGGCGCUACACGGAGAUGGCCAUCCCCUUCUACGAGCUGGCCGAGGUGCGGGUGGGCUACCAGUCCCAGAACAUCUCCUGCUUCUUCCGCAUCAUUGACCGUGACUCCGUGUGGGGCUACGAGCUUGGCCUCAAGUCCCUCAUCCCCACGGUGCUCACCAUCAGCAUGCUGGGUUAUCCAUUCAUUUCUGCUGACAUGAUUGGGGGAAACUUUUUCCCCAACAAGACGGAGGGUGCAGUGGAGAUCCCAGACCGGGAGCUCUACGUCCGGUGGCUGGAGCUGUCGGCCUUCAUGCCCUCCAUGCAGUUCUCCAUCCCGCCCUGGCUCUACGACAAGCAGGUGAUAGAGAUUGCGCAGAAGUUCACAGAGCUGCACGAGUCGCUGGUGGCCCCGCUGCUGCUGGAGCUGGCCGGGGAAAUCACGGACACGGGCGACCCCAUCAUCCGGCCCAUCUGGUGGAUCUCUCCCAGCGACGAGGCUGCUCACAAAAUUGACUCCCAGUUCCUCAUUGGGGACACCCUCAUGGUGGCCCCCGUGCUGGAGAUGGGCAAGCAGGAGCGUGACGUCUACCUGCCGGCGGGCAAAUGGCGCAGCUACAAGGGGGAGCUGUUUGAGAAGACCCCGGUGCUGCUCACAGACUAUCCCGUUGACCUGGACGAAAUUGCCUAUUUCCUCUGGGUUUCGUAACAGACUCCUCCACCAGAUUUAAGUCUGGGGAUAACCAUGCCUUACACUAGGACUUUAUGACAAAUAAUAAUUCUAAUUGCACAUUUCAUUUGGGACUGGGAUUGAGGAGGGGAAUUAAAUAGACUUCACUGUCUUUGGGGUUCUUUUGUUAUUUGGAAUGGGGUGAUUUUUUUUUUUUAAUUUGGGGCAGGUAGGAGACGCAAGAUUGGUUAUGAUAGCCAGAAUUUUCUCUGUGUAUGUGAGAAAAGAAUUGUGAAGCUGUCUGCAAACACAUAGUUGAACCGAAUACCUCUUCAUUUCCCAAGGAUUUUGAGAGGUGAAGGUUGGUUACUGCCCAGUGGGAACACUUUUUUCUCCUGUGGGAGCACCCAGCACUUGGAAAGGGGACAUAUGACUUGGGAGUGUUGCUAUAGCACAACCUGCCUUAAGUUUUAUAAUACGGCAAACAUAUUUAAAGGGACUUUUUUAAGUAGAGAAAACUAUCUAUCUAUCUAUCUAUCUAUCUAUCUAUAUAUAUUUUUCCCCCUUUAGUCUAGUAUGGGACUGGACUAACACUUGCCCUAUACUCCUGCUUUCUCAGGUACCAGGCGGGCCAGAUUACUAGAUCAACAUGCAGGUACUUUGACUGUGCACACUGCAUAUUGCUCCCUGGGGCACCUGCAUCCCACCUCCUCACCCACCUCAUGCCUGCUGUAGGGCUCUUGCUUUUUUGGUUUGCCUUUGGAGUCGACAUUGCCUUUUCUAGAGCAGUGCCAUUCAUAUCAGUGUGUCCAAUUAGUCUUUUUAAAGGAUUUAGCAUCCCACUUUAUGACAUGAUUAUCCUGCAGAUAUCAUCCUUUUGUUUUUAAGGAAAGAUAGGCUUUCACGUUUGUUCCUAGCAGAAGAACUGCCUGAAGCAAAGCAGUUCUCAAAAGGUACGUGUGACUUUUCCCUGGGAACAGCAGGUUCUCACAAGUCGCACGUUUCUUGGAUUGAUGAGCCCUGAUGGUAACAUUUGCUGCUAGCCGGCUUGCCGGUGGGUGGAAAAUACUGGCUUUUGCACUGAUUGUUUUAUGCCAGUGGGUGUUCAUACUGCAUCCGAGGAAAUGUUCUCAUGUGCCAUAAAAAUUAAGCUAAUAUCCGUCUCCAUCUCAGGUUGGAGUUAGAGAGAUAAUGACUUUGUUCAGGGUUUUUCUGAAGCAGCCCUUUGCUCUCUCGGAGCUUUAGGGAUCUUCUUCAGGCAGCGUUUGCAGCCCUGGAGUUGGGUCUGGUGUAAGAGCCUUCUGGGGGGGACAUGGAGUGACAGGUACUUCCACCCAAAUCUCCCACAGCCAGGACUGGUGAGACCCUUGUUCAGGUCCCUCUCCUGGCCUAGGGACCUUGCACUUCUUUCCCCUCCCUCUCUGGAUGCUGCAAUGUGAGGCUGCAGAUGUGCAGCCUCCCUUUCCCUUUCCCUCUCUCUCUCUCUCUCUCUCUCUCUCUCUCUCCCCCUCUCUCCCCCCCCCCCCCCCCCCAUUAAAGCCAUUCGGUUAUGUACGGGAAGAUAUAUUUACAGAGAGACAUUGGCAAUCUCUGCUCUGAGGAACAGCUAAUAGUACUGAAGUCUGGCAGCCCUCCUCCCCAGGGCAGGACUUUCCCUGCUGUGCCCUGGAUGGGAGUGGGUCUUGGCCCAUGAAUUUUUAAUGAAUCUGUGCAGAAUUGAACUGUUCUCAGAUUCUGGGAAGAUUCAGAGUACCCUGCCCAGACUGCAGCCAGCGGAGGAGAGCUUAGCAUAUGCAGGGCUUUGCAGGUGAUUGCACGUGAGCUGAGCACAAGUCCGGCAUGAGCGUGUUACACACCGCUCAAUACUAGUGAUGGUCUUUCUCAAAGCCCAUCUCCUGCACCGGGCUUUGCCGGAGGCAGAAAAGGUGAUAUGCCAAAUUUGUGGAUCAUGGUGGCAUCCAGGAGCAGAAAUGUAGAUGUCUGAGGGAAAAAUCUAAAGUGCUUGUAUAUUUAGGGAGGAAUGUUUUGGAGAUGCAUAAUUUGAGGGACUGUUUGGGGCAGCUUCUGAGAUCUGAAUGGAUCUGCCCUGCAUAACUUGGUGUUUUGGUCUCAAAACCAGAUGUGGGAGAGCCCUAUGGGUCCCUGCCCCCAAGGAGCACAAAUGUGUCCUAGGCACAGCUCCAAAGCCUGCCUCUUCUGGUUUUAGGUAUGAAGGUCUCAAGUUUGCUCCCUGGCAUCAGUCCUUGUACCACUUAUAGACACCCUCUGUCAGGGAGUUAUUUCUGGACCCCUGACACAGGUGACCAGGGCACUGGCAGGGUUUGGCCCUCAGACUGGAGGGAGGAGAUGAAGGUCAGGAGCUCAUGGACAUGAGUCUAACUACUGCUUCAGAGGAAGGUGAGGUGCAGAGAAGGCCUUCUGCCCUUCCCUGGCUUCAGGUGCUGCAUUAGGGUAGACAGAGAACUUGAGCCCUGUCCAUUGCACAGUUUCCUCCUGAGCCUACUCCUCGGUAAUACAUUUCCAGCCCCAGAAGAACAUAAAGGCUGUAGAUUCAGUUCUUCACUUUUGACCUUGCCCUAUGAAAUGGCUUGUUCUCCCUUGGCUUGGGAGUGGCUCUGUGCUUUGCUGCACAGUCAAGCUGCUAGUGACACUCUACAGCCCCGAACACCGGAAUGCAUGUAAAGGAGCCCACCACGACCUGUGGAUGUUGCACAUCUCCUCCUCCCCGCCUCCGCUGUGUCACUCGCUGCAUGCCUCACUACUAACGGGUCAAGCUAUGUGAGGAGCUGGUGAAGAGUGAACUGGCGUUCCCUUUAGCAUCCUUUUAGUAUCAAAAUAUUGGGAGUAAUGGGAUGAGUGCCUUAGAUCUCCUCACAGUGGUUUCAAGGGUUAAGAAAAACCUGUUGUGCUUUGCACUGGAGCAGAGGAGGAGAGCUCCCACAUGCUGCUACUCUCUCUCCUUGCAGGAGAUAACUUCUCGCACCACUUGACAUGGCUCACAGACAGUUGCCUGACCCCGUCUGUGGCUGAAAUGGCCACAUCACUGCAGACCUGCUGUCACCACUGCAGAGAGGGAGGACAAGGGCAUCACAAGUAAGGUUAAGAAAAGGCAUCACAGAAAUAAAUUUUCCAGUGUGUUCUUAGAGGUGUCAGUCUCUCUCUACGGCAAAGACUUUCAGGACUUCAGGGGGACCUGGAAAGUGUGAACAUAUCACAGAGAGGUCAAAAGGCAAAGGUCAACUUGGCUUUCCAUUCGCACAGCCUGACUGAACCAACGCACUGACCAUUUGGAGCAGACAGAUGCUCCUCAUGUCUCUGGGUCUCUGAAUUGCCUUGGGCUACUCAAAAUAUAUACCAUCCUGGAUGAACAAGAAACUGGAAUUCCAGCUGUGCUUUCCAGUUUCCCUUUGGUUGUGGUGGCAGCUAGGACCUUCAAGUGAGUUAUGUGGUUAUAAAGUCUGUCUAAGGCAGCUGGAUCCUAGAAGUUGUGCCGUGGAAGCACCGAAGUUCAACUGGGUGCUGUCAGGAAGGACCCGGAGGAAAUUCCCCAUAGACGCUCUGUCCUCUUUCCCCUCCUCUCAAGAGAAAGAGUUUUAUUAUCAAAAGUUUAUUUUAUUUAUUUUACUAGCUUCAUAAAUCAGUACAGUUGUAGACUGUCCUUUUCUAGGUGCUGUAGUUAAGGCGUAAGUGCCUAUGGCUGUUCAGAGCUCCAGCUAGGAGACAAAGUAAAGUUGCUGUUACAAGGACAUAAGGGAUGAAGCUGAAGAGUGGAUGGCUGACCAAGGGUCCAUGUGGGUGGCUGUCCAAGGUCCCAUGGGCCCAAGGCUUUCCCACUUUGGGGACAUGUUCUUUGGCAGCCUGUCUUCAGCAGUGGUUUUGCUGAGGAUGGUAGCUCAGAAAUGCUGCCCCGAGAUGUUUUGCGGGCCUAUAGGUACCCUUUACAUUAAACUUUUUAUUAAAAACACUGUUUAAAACACUACUUCAGUUCUGCAGCCCAGCUAUGAUAUCCGUAGGGCUUUGCAGACUACAAGCGGUCUGUGCACAAAAGCUUUGAGAACUACCAGCCUCAGAUCAUUUCCCCAGUUUGCACCAUGGGUCACCAUCCAAAACAGCAUUUGCUCGACUCGGCCAAGGACAUGCCCAGGGACGGGUUUGGUGGAUUGGUUCAACCUUUUCCAGUCCACACAGCUCAUAUCCCUGCCCAUGGCUGAUCAUGGCUGAGCAGCAGCUCAACAUGUUGAUGUGAUUAAAUUUUGAAGCUUGCACUGUCGUAUUGGGUUUAAUGGAUGCUUGUGUUUGCACAUGCCUUCUUAAGUCAGACUGUAAUGUUGCUGCAUUUUUAACCACUUUUCUAAUUCAUAAUUGUUAUGAAAACAAACUGUAACAUUAAUUGCCUUGAUUGAUAUAAAACUUGGAAAAACAAAA